AUGCCACCACCAGAGCAAAGGGCUUCAACGCCCACCUCUUCGCGAUCAGCCGCGAAAUCUCCACGUGUGCUCGCAUGUGUGCUGUGCCAGCAGCGCAAGGUCAGAUGCGACCGCAAGUUCCCCUGCGCCAGCUGCAUUCGGGCCGGCGCGCAGUGUGUGCCCACUCUGGCCCCUCGGCCGCGGCGUCGCAGGUUCCCCGAACGAGAGCUUUUGGAGCGCCUUCGGAAGUAUGAGGAUUUGCUGCGCCAACAUAAUAUACCCUUUGAGCCUUUGCAUGCGCCUGCCGGAGAAGACAGCAGGACCCCGGAGUUUGUAGAACAUGCUCAUUUUGAACAGCGUACUGCUGGGGAAGAGGGACAGUCAAAGGAGAAGGCUGAGCCAGUAUACGCGGCUAAGAAUUAUUGGAAAGUACUCAGUUUAGUGUCACAAGAUGCUGAGGAUGUCGAUUUUGAUAAUAACAGUGAGGAUGAUGAUCCCAGUCACUCGCAGGACACUCUGGGAGGGACUGCCGUGAGAAAGAUGUUUGAUCAGGCAUACAAGAACAACCACCAGAAUAUCAUAUUUGGAUCACAUGAAGCCAAUGUAGAUCUAUCGACUUUGCAUCCUGAUCAAGUCCAGAUUUUCAAGCUCUGGCAGAUGUACUUGGACAAUGUCGACCCGCUGCUCAAAGUCACACAUACCCCGACUCUCCAAGCACGCAUAUUUGAUGCUCUUAGCGAUCUGGCUCGUAUAAGCCCGGAACUGGAAGCGCUCCUUUUCAGUUUGUACAGCGUCGCUAUCAUGAGUCUCGAUGACGAAGAGUGCCGAAGCUCGUUCGGGUCUCCGAGGAAAGAACUUUUGCAAGGAUAUCAGUUUGGAUGUCAGCAAGCCUUGCUUAAUUGUGAUGUGUUACGCACCGGGGAUCGCGAGUGCUUAACUGCUUUGUUGCUCUAUCUGGUGUCUAUGAGGUCUGAAACAGAUCCGAGAUCUCUAUCUUCGGUGCUUGGAGUUGCCAUCCGAAUCGCUCAACGCAUGAGCAUCAAUGACGAAAGGGCAAAUGCAAGAUACCCCCCACUCGAGCGCGAGAUGCGCCGGAGGUUAUGGUGGUCGCUGAUAAUGUUUGACAACCGCAUUGGGGAGAUGUCGGAUCACAAAACUUCAAUGUUGAUACCAACUUGGGAUUGCAGAAGCCCGCUCAAUGUGACCGAUAAUGAUCUGCAACCGGAGAUGAAGGACUUGCCAGCUGCUUAUGCGGGCCCGACUGAAGCAUUGUUUAUAGCUGCGCGCAGUGAACUGGGGGAGUUUCUGCGACACAGCGCCUUUCACUUGGAUUAUAUCAACCCAUCCUUGAAGGCAGUCGCCAGAGACACAACAGGUGAUGGCAUGACUGACAUAGAAAGGAAGAUAGAGGACAAAUAUCUCCGACUCUGCAACCCAGAUAAUCCCCUUCACUACAUGACGAUCUGGACGAUACGUGGCUUCCUUGCAAAACACCUUCUGCUUGAACUCUACUCGAAAUUCUCACCCACGCAGCAAUCAGAAACGCAGCGCAACACCGCCAGCUCCUACGCAAUGCGAAUUCUCAAGUCUGAUACUAUGUUGAUGAGAUCCCCCCAUACAAAACGAUACCGCUGGCACGUUCACAUGCACUUCCCAUUCCCUGCAUAUCUACAUGUCAUCCAAGAUCUGAAGAAGCGGCCCAUGCAAGAGCAUGCUUAUGAAUUGUGGAAUGCCAUGAGCGAAAACGCGGAGUUACGUUUCAGGGAUAUGCAUAGAUUCCACCCGAUCUUCGAAAUUGUCGCGCGAAAUGUCCUUCAGGCCUGGGAGGCGCAUCAAGCAGCAUUAGGGGAACAUGGAAAGUCGAUAGCGCCACCAUGGAUUGUGCAGGAUGUUAGAAGCAAGUUGAACAAUCUGCAUUCAGACUCGGGAAAUUGCAACGCAGAGCAGCCGAAUGACACGGAGGGGACCACUUCACUCUCCAUGCCCACGGAGAAUGAUAUUCCUAAUUUGCUAUCUGGCAUGGAAGGAUUUGGCAGCGUAGCUUGUGGGCUUGGUGGAUAUUCGGACAUAUUUGAACAGGCCGUCAUGGAUGUUGACGCGGAUCAGUCAGGUUGGCCCACGAUGAACUUCUACCCGAUGUGGUAG